UAAAAAGUCAAAUCGAACCCCGCCAAAGCUCUAUUAGGCCCACAAAAGAGUCAAACAGCCAUAGCUAGUCAGUAUUGAACGUGGAUUAACUUCGACGACAUGAAAUUGCUAAGCAUUCUAUUGGCCCUGUGCCUUGUUCUGGCCCUGGCCAUUUCACCCAGCCGUGCCGAGGAGGAGGAAAAGGCAAUCUGCCCCUGUCCCCGGAAUUUCGACCCUGUGUGCGGCUCCAACCUGAAAACGUAUCCCAACCGAUGCGAAUUCGAGUGCAAGCGUCGCCAGGAGGCACGCAAAGGACGCAGCAUGGGCAUCCUGAGGAGUGGCAACUGCUAAAUACCAAAAAUCAACCCCCCACCUGAUCAACUGGAAACGGAAUUACCCAAGAAUUUAAUAUCAGUGCUCUUGUAUUAAUCAUCAGUGUGAAAUAUAUAGAAAUAGGCUUAUCAUCACAAACAGACGACAUUGCAAUUGAUAGCGUUUCAAGUUCUUAUCAGAAAAUACGAAUCGUAAAUAAUGCGACACUGAGAGAAAACAAUAACCUAGAAAUAGAUCACUGUGAUUGGCGAAUUUAACACAUGAGGCCCCAGGGGUUGCCUGUCAAAGAUUAAAUCAAUAAAAGAUAAUAAAUUAU